AUGACAGCGGUGGCCACGGGGUUUACGAGGACCGUCCCUCCCAGGAAGACACCAACCGACACCGCCUCCUGCUCCUCCUGCCUGGUCGCUGAGGGCCGUCCUGGACCACAGUCCACGUCUGAUAUAGUGGGUGAUCCUGUGAUCCAAAGUGUUAGUCAGGGGGUCGUCCCAGUCACGCUGACCGGGCCUUGGUGGUCGUUGCGUGGAGGCAGCAGCUCAGGAGGUGGUGGUGGGCUGGGGACAGUGGCAGGCCUAGGGGUGGGGGCAUGGCCGUGGGGGGGCCGCAUCCCGUCCUCCACCCUGCACCGGGACAGGCGCUGGGGCUGGGGGUCCUGGGGCGGGGGUUCAUCCAGGGGAGCUCCCAGACUGUCCGAGCUCAGGCCGUGGCUGAGCGGAGGGGUGGUCGCAGCGGCAGGAGGCGGAGGUAGUACUGGGGGAGGAGGCGGGACAGAGAAAGGAGGCAGGGUGAGAUGUUCACGCAGGCUCUGGGUUCUCCUUGGCUCGCUGGUUCUAGUCUUUCUCACCUCGCUGUUCUUCUCCGUGUCACUCCGUGGGGGUGUCGGCUUCAACUACCUGGAGCCGCCUGGGUGGGAGGAGUCGAGGCGGGUGAAGUUAGUGCCAAGCUACGUGGGCGCACACAGGCUUUCACCACCCGACACCACGCAGCAGAAGACCUGUGCCUGCCCACGCUGUGUUGGAGACCCCGGCGUUUCUGAUUGGUUCGAUGAGAACUACGACCCGGACAUCUCACCUGUGUGGACCAGAGACAACGUCCAGCUGCCCUCUGAUGUCUACUACUGGUGGGUGAUGUUACAGCCCCAGUUUAAGCCCCACAGCAUCCAGCAGGUGUUGCUGAGGUUGUUCCAGGUGAUUCCCGGGAGGUCGCCAUACGGCUCGUGGGAUCCGGGACGCUGCCUGCGCUGUGCCGUGGUGGGGAACUCUGGAAACCUCCGCGGGGCCGGAUAUGGGGCGACCAUUGAUGGACACAACUACAUCAUGAGGAUAAACCUGGCCCCCACGGUGGGCUAUGAAGAAGAUGCCGGCAGCCACACCACUCACCACUUCAUGUACCCGGAGAGCGCCAAGAACCUGGCAGCCAACGUCAGCUUUGUCCUGGUUCCGUUUAAAACGCUGGAUCUUGUCUGGAUCACGAGCGCUCUGUCCACGGGCCAGAUUCGAUUUACCUACGCUCCAGUGAAGCAGUUCCUCCGUGUAGAUAAAGACAAGGUCCAGAUCUUCAACCCAGCAUUCUUUAAAUACAUCCAUGACCGCUGGACCAGACAUCAUGGGCGCUACCCCUCCACUGGCAUGCUAGUGCUGUUCUUUGCGCUGCACGUCUGUGACGAGGUGAAUGUGUUUGGGUUCGGAGCAGACAGCCGAGGAAAUUGGCACCACUACUGGGAGCAAAACCGCUACUCUGGAGAGUUCAGGAAGACUGGCGUCCACGACGCCGACUAUGAAGCCCAGAUCAUCCAACGGCUGGCCAAGGCUGGCAAGAUAACUGUAUUCCCUGGGAAAUAACCAGCAAAUCAGCCCGUGUAUCUAAUGUUUCAACACUGCAGGCAACAGACACUAUAGAGGCCGCUUAGAACGUGUUAGAUAUUCUCGCUUUCACUUACCCACACCGGUUUAGGCUCCCAGUUUGAAGUAAAUGCUUACAGGAAGUGAGACGCAAUGGUCAUGAAAUGGUACCAAACAAUCCUAUUCCAUUUACUUUCCUUCAUAUUCCAGAGGUUGCCCACCAGUGGAGGCUCUGAUUGAAGAACAUGGUGUGUAGACUCUUAGGAACCAGGAACAGAGAACAUCCAAAUGUUCUGCUCACUGUGGACUGAUCUAAAAGUGGCAGUUGAGCCUUAAAUUUGACAAUAGACGUAUUGUCUCUUAGUAGUUUUCAAGGUUUAACCUCUAAUGGCCAGUGCAAGACCACAUAUUGCUUUUCCGGGGGCAGCUUCAACUUAGGGGUGAUAAAGAAGAGAAGGCCGGACAGCAGGAAAACUUAACCAGUCACCACAAAUACAAAUGACCGUGUGCAGCAGAGAGAGAGAGCCAGAGAGGGAGAGAUUUCACAUGCAAGCGUCCCACUUCUGGACUCACCUUGGAUGAGUGUCCAAUCCUCAUCCAUUAACAACAUAUACAGUAUGCUGCACACUGAAAAGGCCACAGAAACAGCACCGUCAGCAUCUGGUAGACGCUUGUAUUGUUCUACAGCUAUGUGGUGUCUGAAAGUAACAGAGUGGGUAUAAAAGUACAGUUCUUCACCCUCUAAGCACGAGGCACUUUUCUGUAGGCCUGCAGACUAGACUGACACAAACUGUGGAGCUGUCCAAAGCCACUGUGCUGUUGAACAUUUUGAACCCUAGGCCAUGACUUCCUUGAGAAAGAGUUGUUUUUCUUAAGUCCUUUAUGAGGCCAAACCUCACUUUCCACUUUCCACUGUCACAGCCCCACUUUAUGUGAGUUCUCCCUCACAAGACAGCAUUACAAGGACCUUGUCUGACUGAGAUGGCUUGUAAAACAGUUUGGUUGUAAGAUGAAAGGUGAUUGCUGUGAGUUUAUAUCGUUUGACUGUCCUCUAAACCCCUUGGGUCCCCACCAGGCUUAGCAAGGCCUCCACACCUCGCCGCAGACUCACAGAAACGCGAUCAAGACUUUUGCCUUUCAGCCAUUCUGUCGACUCAGAAAGAUCACUGCAGCACGAGCAUGAGCUUCAGCUUCUGUAGAGCCAGCUAACCUGGUUUCAAACAUUGUGGCGACCAGAGGCCAAUCUUUCUUCACAGGGACACAGGGAGAAGUGUUGUGGGAGAGUGUUGGUUGGACUGUGUGUGACUCUAAUGAGGCCAAAAGUCCGUCUCCUGGGGUUUCAUGUGUGGAUGGAGGCAUGCUGGUUUUUGGACCGGAGUUUCAUCCCCAUGUGGUCUGUCAGGGUCUAAUUUGGGAGACGAGGAGACAGAGAGCUAGGGCAUGAGGAACCAGUCUGACAACAGCAGCAUGAGAAACAUUUUGCUCCAGUAUUUUUAAGGGUGAAAAGAAAAGAUGUUGGUUUAUGAACAGAAACUUGUGCUUCUAUACAAACUGUACUGGGUUCACCGCUUUGGUUUUGAAAGGACUGAGACACAAAGGGACUUCUCUUUUCCCUUUCACAGACCUGACUCCUGUAUCCCAGUGGAGUUAGAGACUGUCAGUGACAUUUCUACCAGAUUAAGGCUCAUGUAAUGGGGUGAAAGAAAACCCCAACAAACCCCAACUGGAUCUGGGAACUCUUUAACCCGUCAGCAGCUCGGCUUCAUUAAACACUAGCCCUGGUCCCCGCUCAGCCAAUUAAAACUUCAGCUAUGUCUGGAGGGGGUGGAGCCACCAGACGCCUUAGACUCCAUCUCUGUACUGCAUAAACUGCACUUCCUGUUCUGAUUUUAAUGUUAAUGGCAUAUCCCCCUGCAGACUGCUGCAGAUCUCAUUUGUUAGUUUUAUGUACUGUUAAGCUUUGAGUUUACACUUUGGCUGGAUUUAUACUGUCGGCUCAGAUUAGACUUCCACCCAGGUGGCACAUUAAUGGUUUUUAUCAUGAUUUGGUAUCCCCAAACAAUGCCCAUUUACACAUUAAUAGCCUCCAUUGUAAGUUAUUUCUAUCUUUAACAAGGAGGCACAAACAAGUAUCAAUCGUGGAUGUGCAGCCAGACAGUGUUGAAAAACAGAAACGUCAGUGGAAAACAGACAAUGUGUGCCACAGAGAGAAAGGAAAAUAACAGUAUUUGGUUUAACCUGAGGCUAUAAAUCCAUCCAAAGAUGCCAUGACAGAGGUGUUAAUCAAGAAACAGCUGGUGGCUGAUUAAGGAGAGUACUCAGGGUUCCUAUGCAGGUCUGGUAAAUUUGGAGAAGUGGUGACGGAAUAAGUCUUUUAAGGUGCGAUAAGUAAUUUUUCCCCUUUACACCAAACACGUAUGCAUGACUUUGAACGCUUGUUGAUUGGUAUUAAUGACUCCACAGCAACUUUAUGUUAGGCUGAGAGCUCUGGCUUUUAAAACUCACUUCCCAGACUACACUCCAUUUAGGAACAAAUUAGUAUUUAUGUCAGUUACAGGGUACUAAGUAUUUGUUGGAGCUCCAGGAUACACACAAUGUGUUUGGGUGAGUAAGAGUGAAUGUAAACGGAAACUCCACAGAGAAAAAACUCCUUAGCUAUUAUUUAUUAAGAGUUUAACAAAUAAAAUCUGUUUCAUCAGGACUGUGUGGGUGGAGUCUGAUCAGUUUGACAUGGCCCAACUAGCAAACAACUAGGGCUGGGUACCAGUACUUGAUACCUUUAAAGGAGCUAUAUGUAAAAAAUCUAAAGCAAAUAGUCAUAAAAUCCUAAUAUGUCACAGAGACUAAGGAAUAAUGUUCAUAUAACAUACUGAUCUCACUGACAACAAUAGUACAGCCAGAAUAUUCGCAUUUAAAAAAAUUUUUUACGGUCCGCAAAUCAUGUUUAUGUUUUGAAUUUGUGUUUUGGCCUGUUGCGCCACCCACCGCCGUCUACCAGUCACGCAGUCAGUAGAGUCUCAGCAUCAGUUAAAGUUACGACUGAGCUACAGCAGCACGGCAAGCAGCAUUAGCAGUGUCCCGGUACAUAGCAUUAGCAGUCUCCUCAGCUGUAUCCUGGCAGCAGCGUCAGCAGCAGAGAAGUUGGACUUGCUCGAACAGUCCGCUGGAAAACUGAAGAUCAAGGACGCGGCGACGCAGCCCUGCCACGGCAGCCGUCCGUGGGCAAACAGAUCAGUCUCCAGCGUGCCGCUGUCCAGCAACCUCAAAUCUGUAGGGGAGGGGGGGCGGACACGUCUUGCGGCAGUAUUUUGAAUUUGAGUGCAGUAACCGUUUUGGCCACAUUCUUACAUACAGCGCCUUUAAGGUAUCAACAGAAAUAAUGCACUACCAAGUAAUAUCGAAAUGUCUCCGGUCAAACAAUACCUGCUUUCAUCCUUUUUGUGCCAGGGGUCUGAAACCAGACCAUCCCGACUCCCUGCCGGAAAAAAAUCACACACAAGACAUAAAAUACUUCUUUGUGGAGGAUUUAUUAUCUUCAAUUAAUUGUUUCUUAUCUGUGAAAUAAAAGGAAAUAAAAUAAGUCAAUUGUUUGAGCUUACAAAGACAAACAGGAGGUCUGCGUUGCUGUGGCGUGUAGUUACAUUUCUGGGGAGGUGCACGUCAGGCUACAGUGUAGGUUACGGCAUAGCCUCUAUGUUGACACAGAGCCCUACACCAUAGGUACAAUGUUGAUUCGAAGCAGAAGUAUAAAUCCCGCCCAACACAGCAGCAGCGCUAACAUCCAACCCCGAGCCAUUAAACAGAUUCAAACUCACAUUCACACCAAAAUGGCAUGACUCUGUCAUUAAACCCAUUAUUAACUGUGAUGCUAACAGUUAGCCCUGUCACUGUGUGUGAGUGGCUGGUGAACUUUUACCAACUGUCCCUGGAGAGAAGCUCACACUCCUACAGCAGCUACAACCCAUACAGUCUGUGGUGUGGUGAAGGUGAGCAUGAUGAUUCGUAUGUAGAUAUAAAUGGUUCAUUCUAAGGUAAUAAAAAACAACGAUUCUUAUUUUCAGGUGAUUAUAAACUAAUGAAAACAAAGUUAUGAAUAUGAUAUUCCAUUUCUACCAUUAGAUGCUCCAAAAUCCUAAACCCUGGACCUUUAAUGCUCCUUUAAAACUUUAAGAAAACUAUAGUUACAGCUAAAAGUUUACCAGAACUUCACUGAUAUUUUUUUCCUUUAGAAGGAGUCGUGUGUUGUGUCCGUGACUCAUAAUGUGCUAUACAGUGAGCUAAAAAGAACUUAUCUGCCACCUCCAGAAAUGGUGAAAGAGAUAGCUACAUCUGUGAAUAGAAGCUGUGUAGGAACCGUGAGUGCCAGCCGCUGCAGCAGAUGCUACUGUCAUGUGAAAUAUCACUUGUGUAUGUGUGACAACAUUGUUGAAUGCACCUUUCUCAGUGUGUUGUUAAAAGUUAAGGGAUUUAACCACAAUCUUAUGAAGCAUUUCAUUUUUUUUACAUGUAGUGCAACCAGCUGAGAAAGGUUUGAGGUAGGCACACACACACACACACACACACACACACACACUUAAAGUGAGAAGGGUCGGGGUGUCAUACCACCCCCAGCAGGUGAUGUGAAGAACUGUGCCUCCUGUGCUGAUAUCAGUUCUGUUGGUGUUUUACUGUGUUAUCUUUGGACAAUAUUGUGUAUCCACACGUGACUCUAAUGUAUUACUGUUGUUCUCUAUAUGCUUUCAAUGUUUUUAUCCUACAUUGCACAUUACAGAUUUUAUAGGAUGCUUUAGUGUUGAGCUGGGCUCACUUCAAGAGUCCGUGCGGCUGUAUCUGGACAUAUUGUUUGUGUUUCUCUGUCACACACAUACACACACACACAUACACACACAUUCAUGCUUUCGUGCCUUGUCCUGCUGCUGGACGUUUCUGGCCUACAGCUGCUCCAUCAGCAAAACACACACCUGCUACCUUUGCUUUUUUUUAUUUCUUUUUUUUGGUCACACACACACACACACACACACACACUGUCAUGUCUUUUGGCUGAGAGCUGUGCCUUCUGAGCUGCACACACACACACACACACACACCCCUACAUGAAGACACACUCUGCCUUCUGCUCGGGGUGCAGACGCCUCCCGCUCUUCACUCCUUACUGCUUUGUGCUCUGACGUUGUUUUCUAAAGAUGGCUGUAGGCUAAACAAGAGGAUGUAAAGUGGUGAUGCAGUGUGACUCGCUGUGAAUCCAUAUUAGGGCAUUUGCUACUUUUUUGAACAUAUAGCGUAUACUUUCCAGGCAUAUCUGCUUUUUUAGAUAACAUACAGUGAGGAAUGGCAGGAGAGAUGGCAGACAUAGAGGGUAAUCCGCUGGAUUUGAGCCCACAAAGUUGCAGGUACACAGUGACUGUAGAACAGAAGAUGACAAAGCGUCUAAAGGUUUAGACAUAUCAGUGUACCGCUGCUUUCGCAGUUCGGCGUUUUUCUCGGAGUUGUCAGCUACUGUGGUCCUGCGUUAUUGAUGUUUGUUUCCCAAGAUGCUCCUUCUAACUUCAAAAGGAAUGUGUAAAUUGUUUUGGAGAUAACGUGGCUCUCUGGCAGCAGAAUAACACUUUGCUAUCGCAUUCUCGCAGCCCGCAGUGGGUAAGAAAAGUCUUAAUAGUCUACUGUGCCCCCAAACAAGGUGAGACCCUGUUCCAGCACGGAAACAGUUAUCAGCAUCCUCAAUUUCUCCCAGUUGUAAACCAGAACAUUGUUAUCAGAUAGAGGCGGAGGCAGGGUGAUCCCUCUCUGCUGUGCUAGCCUGAAUUAGAGUGGAGGUUUUACAGCACAUGACACAGAUCUGAGAGUGUUCCCUGUAGCAUUUAUAACCCAAAAUAGGUCUUUUCUCCUGUCGCCAACCCAAUACACUGAUUUUUUUUUUUUUGGUCCUCGGGAGUUGAUUCUCAAAAUAAUUGAAAGACACACCACUUUUUCAGGUCACUGCCUGUGCCAUGGCUGUCUGAGGAACAUCCAUCUAGAAAUAAAGAGCUGCAUCUGGUGAGAGCAUUUUGGGAAACGCGGUCCUUGAUUGUGAUGGUCAGAUCAGAUGUCCAGGAGCAGGAUGUUUUCUCAGGUGAAAUCUGAAUGUGUGGUUAAGUCCUCUGAUAACACUGACAGAAACAAAUGACAGCCAACUUGCGUGUUGAGUUUCUGUCACAAAUUAAACCGGACUGAUUUUCUUUUUAGCAUUGUGUUUAUUUCUUGAAAUUCCAGGCCAGACUCACGCAAAUCAUCCCCACACUAAAAUCAUCCAUCUUUGUUCUACUUUGCUGUCAGUGGAAUCCAGGCUCCUUUCACAUCCAGGACUAUUUUUACACCGUUUAGUCUCACACACUGUGUGCUGAGGCACAUUUCAGUAAAAGCCACAAACACUCAAUCACUGAUUGCCUGAAAAUGUGUUAUUGAGCCUUGUACGAUUGCACAAAGCAGAAAACCCAAACCACUAGAGUUUACCACAAUUUCCAUUUUCCUGGAUAGAAAGGGAGGCACAUUAAACUCAUUAAAUUACAUUUUUAUGGGGUAAUUAAACAGAAUGAGUGCAGAAAUGAACACAGUCUGAUAGCACACCUGUUCAGCUCGGAAAAAGUGGACACUGAUGUUUUUAUGUCAGAGGGAGAAUAUCUGAACAGCAUCUCAAUGGGGUCACUCCUGUUUCCAGGGUCCUAUGUUCCCCAGAUUUAUGGCACAUUAUGGGAACAUGACAAAGGGCUGUGUGUUUCCCUGGGUCAUAAUGUGAACCUGAAAAAGAUGUUGCCCAGCUCUGCAUUUGCUUAAUAUGGCAUGGGCUAGGGUUGGGUUAGGGGACUAUAAUCAUGACUCUGAGAAUCAUGGAAUUGCUCUGGAGUCGGCUGUAAUGGUAUGUGCUUUACCUGGUGAGCUACCAGGGAGCCCUAGUAGUUACUAGGAAAUCAAUAGCAGUUGACUUUUGCUAUCUCAAACAGGGCGGGGUUAGGAAAGAGGUUGAGGGUCAGGCUAGAUUAUUUAUGAAAUAUCUGAGGUAAAAUUUGUAAGACAAUAGGAGAGUUAAUCUGUGUAAACAGAAUAUUGGACCUUAACAUAAGACCUUGCGAACAUUGGACAUUCAGAACAUUCGACUCUUGGAACAUUGGACCUUGGGAACACAAGACCCUUGACAUAUAGAUAGCCUCCCUACAUGCAUCUACAAUUAAAGGAGUAAUUACACGAGUAGGGUUAUACCACUCAUGCACACACAUCUGUUAAAUUAAAGGCUACAGCUGGGAGACAUCUUAGCUUAGCUUAGCUUGAAGACUGGUGCUAGCCAGCUAGUCUGUCCAAAAGGUAGCUAACUAAUAGUCUGCUCCUAAUAGUCUGUCACAUAACCCUCCGAUAAACCUACAAAUUGUUUUUACACUUCUGUUUUGUACAGAAUAAACAAUAAGAUAUAACUCGUGAAGUAGUGAGUUUAACGAUCUAGUGCGUAGGAUUUAGUGCCAUCUAGCGGUGAGGUUGCAGAUUGCAACCAACUGAAACUUCUCUCAUGUGCCAAGCAUGUAGGAGACAGCGGCCAAUGCAAAUGGCCCUAUCAAGGGCCAGUGUUUGGUUUGUCCGUUCUGGGCUACUGUAGAAACAACAUGGCGGACUCAAUGUAAGAGUACCAUCUCCGUGUAUAAACAGCUCAUUCCAAGGUGACGAUAACGUGACGAUAACGUGACGAUUCUUAGUUUCAGGUGCUUAUACACUAAAGAAAACAUAGUUAUGAAUAUUGUAUUCCAUUUCUGCCAAUAUAUCCCCCUAAAUCCUACAUACUGCACCUUUAAGAGGAGCCAGUAAGCUAAUAGCAUUGCAAAUCUUUGCUAAUAGUUACCUUUGGACAGACUAGGCGAGCUGUUUCCAGUAUAUGCUAACUGUGAGAGUGGUAUCAAAUAACUGUCUGAGGAAAACAAGCAAUUUUCUUAAAAUGUCAAAGUAUGUUCUUGCUAUGUUAAGGGCAAACUAUGUUUUCUUUUGUUUUCUAGCUGUAGUACUUACAGCUUGAUUACUCGGACAUGUUGAUAAGAACCUACUGAACGAAAGUAAACAGAAAAUCAGAAAACUGGAUUAAUUUGUGGUUGUCUGGCAGUGUCUCCAGCUGCAACAAAAGAGAAUCGGUGCCAGACAAAAGGAAAUCACAGCCCUCAUGGCUGGAAAAUUACUUUAAUACCACUUAAGUCUCCUCAACCUGUGUCUAUCCAGUUGCUAUGGUUAAGGAGGCUGCAGCUUGGUGUCAUUCUGUGGUAAUGAAGAAUAGAUUUCUGCAGCAGGCACAGAAAUGUAACUGAAUGUUGGAGAGAAAGCUUCAAGGAACAAAUGCAUCCUGAUCAAAACACUGCCGGCUCAGGCUGUUGGCAUCGUGACAUGGCCUGCGACUGUUUUCAGCGUGCAGCGGUGUUUGAGGCUGAGGUGAGGACAGCCUCAGGCAGCUCUUUACUCAUCAGUUCACUGGUCUGCACUGAACAGAAGCAGCUCUUUAGCAGCAGUCACUGAGCUGCAGACUGCACAUAUCAGACUGUCGCUGUGGAUUGUAACGCUAACUUUCACACCUCUGUCAGCUAUUGUGCUAGUACUCUCAAUCAAGUAUGAACUAUCAAGUAGGAUUAAAGGCUGCUUAGUGAAUAGAUCUGCCACAACAGCAAACUUACUGGUGGCUCGUUUGAAACAGAUACUGUAGGAAAAGGAGUAGUCCAGGGAUUUAGAGUUUGGAUGGGUGAAAUAUUUUCAUGUGGGUGGUUUUCUGCUGUCUGGAUCUGUCAUCAUCAUCUAGUCCUGCUUAAAUGUCCCAUUCUUCAGUAGCACUACCUUGCGGACAAGGUAGUACACAUGUAUUUACUACAUGGAAACAUCUGUAUGAUAUGUGAUCCGACUCUUUGUAUCUUAUGCUAUUGUACAAAUAAAAGCUUCAUGAAACAUGAGAUCAAA